UAUAAUCUGUUGCAAUACUACGACGGCGUGAAAAUACUAUUCGUUUUCAACAUAGCCAGGAUUUAAAAUCGAAAGCGGAAGUAAAAAAGAUUCACAGCAAGCAGGUAAUUUAAAAUGGAGUCGUCAGUAUUCACCUACGAUGAAAUCCAUUCAAAAGAUUAUAGAUGGAGGGAUAUGACGGGAAAGAUACUUUUUACAAUAUUCUCUCAGACGUUUCCACUUGGAAAUGCCGACAAUAGCAGUGUUUGGAAGAUCACUGAAGAAGAUGACGAGUACGGCAAUCUUGAUGUAGAUGUCAAAGCACUUAGGCAACUGACCGAUGAGAAUCAGAAGAGAUUUCGUGUGCCCGUUGACUUUGUAUAUAAACCGUUACUGUCAUUUGACGAAGUAAAAGCUUACCUAGAAACACUUGACAAGGAAGGGGAAGAAGCAAGGGAAGGGGAAGAAACAAGGAAAGGGGAAAAGUAUGAUUGUUUCUUUUUUGUGUUUUUGACAUAUAGUACGCCGGAAUACGCUAAUACCUUUAACGAAGAGAAGCUACAUUUUAAUGACAGAACUUUAGAGAAAGGAAUUGUGCCUCAAGCGAAGAUUUUGGAUGAGAUUAAGAAACUAAAGGUUGUCGUGGGAAAACCUAAGAUCUUCCUUAUUCAAGCGGAUGACCUUGGUUUGCUUGGUGAGAAACAGUACAUUAAGGGCCCGACAUUUGUACCAGAAACUGUGAUAAUGAAAAUACCCCAAGAUGCUGAUCGCCUCAUUAUCAAGUCAACCAUUCCCCAGAUCAUUGCUAACUUGGACGAGACUGGAUUUCUCAGAGCUGCUACGAAACGACCUUCGUUUCUCAUUCAAGCAUUUAUCGAAACACUGCUUGAAAAUAACAACCGUAAGCUAUCCGAAAGAGAAGAUCUUUUCACACUUUCUACUUGCAUCAAUGGAAAGAUAGCUCGUAUGGUAAAGGAAUCAAAGCACCGUAGGUCUGGUGAUAUGUACGUCCCUUUGGUCACAUCUACACUCACAAAGUCACUCUAUCUGUGAAUGAAAUGAUUUCAAGUUGACGUUGAUAAGUUGUAUUUUCGGACAGCAUAGACUUAGUUACCCAUUGAUAGAUAUACAAUGCAGCUGAUAAAAUGUUACUAAAAAUAUUCUAAAAUUUAAGGCGCUUCUAUAUAUACUAACAACUGUUUGUGGAUAUUCAUUUGUAAAUAAGACUCCGUCUGGUUGAAACUGUGUCAGUCAUCAGGAGCCCAUGAUGAUGUUUGGGCAAAACGCUGUAUGUUUUUUGUACGCCCGUUAAGGAAUAAUGGAUAUAUAAUGUGGUGGCACGUGCGUCUGUCCGUUUGUCUGUCCGUCUAAGUUCGUGUCUGAAGCAUAACUUAAAACCCAUUUAAGAUAUUGAUUUUAAAGUAGUUGCCGUUGAGACAAUGUGCCGAGCGCAAAAAUCGCGCCGGUAUGUUAAAGGUUAAGGUCACAAGUUGAGCUCAAAUGUCGAAUCUUGAUGAUUCUUUGGAAGCAUAGAGCGCAACUAACCAAAAUAAUAGCAGACUUGGUUUGAUUAAGGUGUGUUCAUGAGAGAUAAUGGAAUUUGCAACACUGCUCAUGCCCCCUUCCCCCUCCCCCCACCCAGCACCGGCUUAGCGGAAUUGUAUUUAAGUAAACUUGAAUGUACACUACAAUCUCAAAGAUAAGAAAAUAUAACCACACUUAAUUCAUAUUUUGUAUUUUGAGCAUAACUUAUAACCCGUUCAACGUUCAAGGUAUUGACUUCUGACUGGGAAUAUAAGUAGGUGGCAAUGAAACCAUGUGCAGAUCGGUAGGUCAAAUGUUAAUGUAGUCAGAUCUAACUGUCAUAUUUCAUGGUCCGUACUCGACCUCCUUUAAUCUAAAACUUUUGACGUAUAUUGCACCGCUUUGCGGAGAUCUUGUUUGAUUAUAAUUUGACUUUGUUAUGGCUUUCACUAGUUUUAAUUUUUAGUUUAUUCUAAAAAUAUAUUUCAGUAUUACGUACGGUAAAACCGUCAUGUUAUUGUACCCCCCGACAACAAAGUUGUAAGGGGGGUAUACUGGUUUCAGGUUGUCUGUCUGUCUGUCUGUCCGUCCGUCCGUAGACACAAUCUUGUGCGCACCAUCUCUCCUCAUCCCCUUGACACAAUUUAAUGAAACUUCACACAAGUGAUCAGUAACAACAGUAGUUGUGCAUGGGGCAUGUUAGGUUCUUUCAGAAAAUUUUUUUGCAGAGUUACGGGACUUUGUUUUUUGUAACUAUACUAUAUACAUAGACACAAUCUUGUGUGCACCAUCUCUCCUCAUCCCCGUGACACAAUUUAAUGAAACUUCACACAAGUGAUCAGUAACAACAGUAGUUGUGCAUGGGGCUUGUAAGUUCUUUCAACGACAAAAAUUGCAGAGUUAUGGGACUUUGUUUCUUGUUAACAUACUAUGUACAUACAGUCUGCAUAUGCAAUCUUGCGCGCGCCUAAUCUUCCGAACCCUUGCACACAAUUUAAUGAAACUUCACACAAGUGAUCAGUACCAACCCUAGUUGUGCAUGGUGCAUGUUACGUUCUUUUAGAUAAAUAUUCUGCAUAGUUAUGGGACUUUGUUUUUUGUUACUAUACUGUAUACAUACAGUCUAUAUACAUACAGUCCACAUAAUUAUGCAAUCUUGUGUGCGUCAAAUUGUAAUGUACUGUGUCAGUGCAUGCGGUGGUACAUUCAUCACCUUUAGUGAUAGCUCUAGUUUUUUCAUUGGACCUAAAUGUCAGACGUACAGUUAUAAUAAUUAUAUUAUAAUAAUAAGAAAUUUGUAUUU